AUGUCAAAAAUUUCAGCUUCUAGUGCGAAAAAUGAAGCUAUUGUGGUGGAAUUCGAGGAAAAUUCGAGUCGAAAAAUCAAGGUUGAUGUGAUUUUUGAGAAAUUGGGCAGUUUUGGAAGGUAAGUCAAAAAAGGGGGCAAAAAAAUUACGGUCAUUUUGACAUACAGUAAGCUAUAGGUUUUGGCGCCAAAACCAUGGGUUACUGUAGCUCAAAAUGGCCGGAAUUUUGUGAUCUACAAGAUUUCAUUGGUCUCGAGAGGAAAACGUGGAUUUUUGGCGCCAAAACCUAGGGUUACUGUAGCUCAAAACUACCGGAAUUUUGUGAUCUACAAGAUUUCCUGGGUCUCGAUAAGAAAACGUGGAUUUUUGGCGCCAAAACCAUGGGUUACUGUAGAUCAAAAUGACCGGAAUUUUGUGAUCUACAAAAUUUCACGGGUUUCGAGAAGAAAACGUGAAUUUUUUGCGCCAAAACCAUGGGUUACUGUAGGUCAAGAUAUAGAUCAUGAAAUUACGAUCAUUUUGAGAUACAGUAACCUAUAGUUUUGGCGCCAAAACCAUGGGUUACUGUAGAUCAAAAUGUAGAUCACAAAAGUAAAUGGGUCUCGAGAGGAAAACGUGGAUUUUUGGCGCGAAAAUCCCGGGUUACUGUAUCUCAAAAUGACCGGAAUUUUGUGAUCUACCAGUAUUUCUUGGGUCUCGAGAGGAAAACGUGGAUUUUCGGCGCCAAAACCAUAGGUUACUGUAGUUCAAAAUGACCGCAAUUUUGUGAUCUACAAGAUUUCCUGGGUCUCGAGAAGAAAACCUAGGGUUACUGUACCUCAAAAUGACCGUAAUUUCAUGAUCUACCCGAAAAUUCGCGUCAUUUCCGCACACUCCCCCCAGGGGAUCCCCAAAUCUUAUCAAAAAUGCACUUUUUUGCGAAAAAAAACCAGAUUUCUUUUAUUUUUUGUUAGAAAAAAAGGACAGUAUGUGUACAUAAUACUUUGUACCUGGGAACAAGGGAAAAAUGUUUUUUGGAAGAAAAUUUUUCAAUGAAACCCUGUACAGUAACCCGUUUAUGAUUAAUUGGUUGAUACAAAUAGUGUGACGAAAUUUUUUUUGUUUUUUUGCAAAAACUGGGAAAUUUUUGGCCAAAAAUUCCGAAUUUUUAGGUCAAAAAUUCCGAAUUUUAGGUCAAAAAUUCCGAAUUUUAGGUCAAAAAUUCCGAAUUUUGGGUCAAAAAUUCAAAUUUGGCGCCAAAAAUUUUGAAUUUCAGAUUUCAACAAAUCCAAUUUCUUCUCAUAUGCAUUCCAAUGAUGUUUGUCUCAAUGCACGUGAUGAGUUGGACAUUUAUCGUAACUGCGGCUCGGAAAACGUGAGUUAAAAUGGCGAAAUUCGGAAAAUUCAUCAAAUUUUGAUCAGAAAAAUGAUUUUCAUUGAUCAAAAGGUCACGGGUUCGAGCCCCACCCGGCCGGAACUAAAUUUUUUAUUUUUUUUGCAGCUGCCUCGAAAACAUCACCACCUUCUGCGUAGAAGAAGCCUAUUCCGCUUCGGACCGCUGGGACAUGUCCGGACCGAAUUCGUGGAUUCGGGCCACCGUUCAGAGCCUCUAUUUCAUCGGUCAGAUGAUCGGCAGCUUUUCGUGCGGAAUUUUGGCGGAUCGGUGAGUUUUCCGCGCGGAAAUUGGUGAAAAAUUCGUGAAUUUUGACCAGAAACAGCUGAAAAUGCUGAAAUUUUCAGCCAAAAUUGUGAAAAUUUCAGAAUUGGCCGAAAAAAGGUGCUAUUCAUUUGCCUGGUGACUCAAGUGACUUGUGCUACAGUACUGAUUUUCGCGCCAACUUGGUGGAUCUACACAAUAUUCAAGUGAGUUUGGUGCAAAAGGUCACAGGUUCGAGGAACAGUGGGAACUUUUCUGAACUUUUAAAAUAGCUGUUUUGACCAGAAAAGCUGGAUUUUCAGCUAAAUUUUGAAUAUUUUUUUUUUUUUGUUCAAAAGGUCACAGGUUCGAGGAACGGUGGGAACUUUUUUGAACUUUUAAAAUUUUUGUUUUUGGCUAGAAAAGCUGGAUUUUCGAGAUUUUUACUAUUCAAAAGGUCACAGGUUCGAGGAACGGUCGGAACAUGAAUUUUUGUCAAAAAUCUCUGAUUUUUGACUAGAAAAGCUGAAUUUCCAUAUAAUUUUCGAGAUUUUUACUGUUCAAAAGGUCACAGGUUCGAACCCCGCUGGGAACUUUUCCCUACAGUACUCAAAAAAAUUCCAAUGAUGUCAUAAAGCAAAAGAAACGUGACAAAUAUCUCUCAUUGUAAAAAAAUGACCAAAUUCGGGUAGAUCAAAAACUAUGUGUAACAAUUUUGAUAGUUUGAUUUUGGCAGGGGGAAUUUCGGGUAAGGAAGGUUUUUAGGGUCAUUUUAGGGGCUUUAAGGUAAUUUUUAUGACAAAAAUUCGAUCUGAGAGGCUUUUAGACCAUUUUUAGGGGCUUCGAGGCCAAUUUCAAGGCUUUAAGACGAAAAAUCUGGUUAUUAGGGGCUUUAAGGUCAUUUUUAGGGGCUUUUAGGCUAUUUUAAGGCCUUAGGGCUGAAUAAGCCUAAAAAAUCCGGAAAAAUCACCAAAAUCAUCGAAAUUUCAUGAAAAAUCGGAAUUUUUGGGUUUCUAGGCCAUCCAGGCCGUUUCUAGGCCAUUUUCCAUGAUUUUUACAUCAAAAAUCUUGAAAUUUUGCGAAAUAAUGAGGCUAGGCUAACCUUAAGCCUAGAAAUCCGUAGAAAAAUACCAAAAUCUUCGAAAUUUCAUGAAAAAUCGGAAUUUUUGGGUUUCUAGGCCUUCCGGGCCGUUUCUAGGCCAUUUUUCAUGAUUUUUACAUCAAAAACCUCCAAUUUUUUCAGAGCCGGCACCGGAUUUUCUCAACCCGGAAUCUACGGUGUUGCCGUAGUUCUCGGAAUCGAAUUAGUCGGUCCAAAAUACCGUAGUAUGGUCUCAGUCACCUCAAAUAUUUUCACAUGUCUCGGAAGUGUUUUGCUGGCUGUUUUGGCCUAUUUCAUUUUGGAUUAUCGAUUUUUGCAUGCGGCUAUUGCGAUUCCGAGUUUGGUUUUUAUUUCGUAUUGGUGGAUGUUGGCGGAAUCUGCGAGGUGGCUGGUUUCGAAGGAGAAAUUUGAUGAGGCUAAUCAGGUUGGAGCAACUUGAUUUUUAAAAAUUUCAGAUUUCGGCUGAAAAUCCGGGCUAAAAUUUUAAUUUUAGGCUGAUUUUAAAGCCCUUGAAAUCCUCUACAAAAUGAGCCUAGAAUUAAAUUUUGAAAGCUUCAGAGCUUUUUAGUUUCAGCCCAGAUUUUCAGCCAAAAUCUGAAAUUUUCAAAAUUUAAAAUCAGUUUCAUUUUGUAGAGAAUUUCAAGGGCUUCAAAUUGAGCCUAAAAUUGAAUUUAGAAAAUUUCAGAUUAAGGCUGAAAAUCCGGGCUAAAACUCAGAAGCUCUGAAAUUUUCAAAAUUUAAAUUUAGCCUCAUUUUGUAAAGAAUUUCAAGUGCUUCAAAAUGAACCUAAAAAUAAAUUCUGAAAAUUUCAGAGCUUCUCAGUUUCAGCGGAAAUCUGAAAUUUUCAAAAUUUAAAUUUAGACUCAUUUUGAAGCUCUCAGAAUUCUCUACAAAACGAACCUAAAAUCAAAUUUUGAAAAUUUCAUAUUCUGGCUGAAAAUCCGGGCUGAAACUCAGAAGCUCUGAAAUUUUCAAAAAUUCAAUUUAGGCUCAUUUUGAAGCUCUUGAAAUUCUCUACAAAAUGAGCCUAAAAUUGAUUUUUGAAAUCUUCAGAGCUUCCCAGUUUCAGGCCGGAUUUUCAGCCGAAAUCUAAAAUUUUCAAAAUUUGAAUUUAGGCUCAUUUUGAAGCUCUCAGAAUUCUCUACAAAAUGAACCUGAAUUUGAAUUUUGAAAAUUUCAGAGUUUCUCAGUUUUAGCCCAGAUUUUCAGCCAGAAUCUGAAAUUUUCAAAAGUUAAAUUUAGCCUCAUUUUGAAGCUCUCAGAAUUCUCUACAAAAUGAGCCCAAACUUGAUUUUAAACAAUUUCAGAUUUCGGCUGAAAAUCCGGGCUAAAACUCAGAAGCUCUGAAAUUUUCAAAAGUUAAAUUCAGGCUCAUUUUGAAGCCCUUGAAAUUCGCUACAAAAUGAGCCUAAAAUUAAAUUCUGAAAAUUUCAGAGGUUCUCAUUUUCAACCAGAAUCUGAAAUUUUCAAAAAUCAAGUUUGAGCUCAUUUUGAAGCCCUUGAAAUUCUCUGCAAAAUGAGCCUAAAAUUAAAUUCUGAAAAUUUCAGAGCUUCCCAGUUUCAGCCAAAAUCUGAAAUUUUCAAAAAUCAAGUUUGAGCUCAUUUCGCAGCCCUUGAAAUUCCCCUUUCGAGCGAAGCGAGUGUAAACCGGAAGCUUCCGCGAAGCGGCCACGCGGAAUUUCAAAUUUCCAGGUUCUAUGCCGAGCGGCAGAUUGGAAUCACAAGAAAAUCCCAUCAAAUUGGAUAGAUCUCAUCGAAAAACCAUCUGGAGCAAGUUCCGGGCUCCAAAAAUCAGGAAAAUCCUCCAACAACUUCGGAGUCUACGAUCUUCUUCGAACUCCCCAAAUGCGAAAACGAACUUUGGCUAACUUCCUAAUGUGGCCAGUUGUUACUAUGAUGUACUACGGUUUAUCAAUGAAAUCAGAUGUUGGUGGUGGAAGUCUAUUCAUCACAUUUAUCACAAGUUCUUUGGUUGAAAUUCCAGCUUCACUUAUUGUUUUUGUAUUGAUUGAUAGGAUUGGAAGAAGGCGAUUAUUUAGUGCAAGUAUAUUUUUGGCUGGUUUGCUUUUGAUGAGCAAUUGGUUGGCUCAGGAAUAUAGUGAGUUAGCGCAAGUUCUGGGGGUGAAAAUGAGCCAAAAUUCACUAAAUUUGGAGCAUUUUGAGCUUGAGAUAUCUUUCGAACCCAAAUUUUCAGAUGAAUUUUCUGAAAUUUUCAGAUUCCCCUUGAAAUUUGGAGCAGUUUGAGCUAUAACAUGAGCAAUUUCAGGAAAUUUGAAUUUAGAUUCAAUUUUUCAAAAGUUAGGCUUAUGAGAUAUCUUUGAGACUCAAAUUUCAACCUGAAUUCGAAUUUUCAGAUGAAUUUUCUGAAAUUUUCAGAAUCCCCUUGAAAUUUGGAGCAUUUCGAGCCCAAACAUGAGCAAUUUCAGGAAAUUUGAAGCAUUUUGAGCCUAAAUUCAAUUUUUCAAAAGUUAGGCUUAUGAGAUAUCAUUCAAACCCAAAUUUCAGCCUGAAUUCAAAUUUUCAGAUGAAUUUUUCUGAAAUUUUCAGAUUUCUUAUGAAAUUCGAAGCAUUUUGAGCCCAAACAUGAGAAAUUUCAGAAAAUUUGGAGCAUUUUGAGCCUAAAUUCAAUUUUCCAAAAGUUAGGCUUAUGAGAUAUCAUUCAAACCCAAAUUUCAGCCCGAAUUCAAAUUUUCAGAUGAAUUUUCUGAAAUUUUCAGAUUCCCCUUGAAAUUUGGAGCAUUUUGAGCUCAAAAAUCACCUAAUUUCAUACAAAGAUACAAAAUUUAGUCAAGACACCAAUCUUAGCUCCCAUUUCACCCGAAACUGAAUUCCGGGCUCAUUUUUGGCGCCAAAAUCGAUUCUGGGGUCGAAAUUUCGUUCUGAAACCAAUUUCAGCUUCAAAUUCUAUGUUAGAAUCUUCCCAGGGUAAAAAUUAACCAGAAAAUUAAUUCCCGGGCUAAUUUUGACUGUAAAAACCUCUAGACCCUUAAUUUUUGCUCCAAAUUCAAAUCCUGUGCUCAUUUUCGGCUCAAAACCCUUCCCAGCGUCAAAAUUUCAUCAGAAACUGAAUUCCGGGCUCAUUUUUGAGCCCUGAAUCGAUUCUGGGGUCAAAUUGCGGCUUUUUUCAUCCAAAAUCCUUGCAGUUCCCCAUUUCCUGGCCGUCAGUUUCAUUCUCACCGCAAAAGCUUGCGUCACCACCGCCUACACCGUAAUGUACACUUAUACCUCCGAAUUAUUCCCUACCGUAAUCCGCAACACCGCAAUCGGUUGUUGUUCGACAAUCGCGCGAUUCGGCGCAAUUCUCGCCUCAUUUAUCGCAUUUUUUCUGGUCGAAAGGUACGGUAGUUGGUGUAUGAUUGUGCCGUUCACGUUUUUGGCGUUUGCUGCCGCGUUUACCGCUUCCGCGUGUCUUCCGGAGACGCGGGGAAAGUCGUUGCCGGAUUCGAUUUCGGAAAUUGAGGGACACUCGAUUUGA